AUGGGGCAAGGUGUUGAGAUAGUACCGACAAAUAACGGUCACGGUACCAAAGGUGCAAACCCAUGCCUAGCACUGCAACAUGCACAUCUACUCUCGCCACCGAGAUUCGGGCGCAGGAGCGCCCAGGUAAAAACUAUACAUGGAAGCGAUUGGGGUAGCAACACCAUAAGCCCCUGGAAUAUAAGUGCUAGCCGCAAGGGGCUGGGUACCACUCAGCGUAUAUGCAACAGCAUUGAGUGUACAAUUAUAUCUCGAGUGUCACUAAAGGAAACCAGUACGGUCGCCCCUGGAUCAGCUAUUCAGGGGCGCUCAACUAGGGUACUGAGCUGCGAUUAUAGGAGCAGUGAUGCGACUGGCAAGCGGAGGAUAUACGAGAGCCGCAGGAGCAGCGAUGGCCGCUCAUGGACCGUGGAUCCAUGA